UGCAGAUACAGUGAUCCAGUUAGAGCCCGUCAUCUCUGCACGCACCAAGCUUUUGGAUGAAGGCAGGACUCUUUCUCAGUGUUCCCGAUGGCGAAGCAGCGUCGGUUCAGUCCUGGUGAUCAUUUUUAGAGGAAAAAAUUCACGGCUUUUUUCUUUUUCUUUUUCUUCUCGACUCAUUUUUAACAAAAUGUGGGACGCGCGUUCUCUGCGCGGCGUCCGCGGAGUGCUCUCGGUCGUGGCCGCUUGACUAAAGGGGGGAUCCCGGCUCCCUUUUCAUCCUCUACUCCCUUAGGAAAAAGAGGAGUUUGCAUGCAAAAGGUGGUUUAUCUCGGCAAGCCAUGGAGGGACUUGCCUAAAGAGGAUCCAACAUAACUCAGAUUUUUAGACUUUUUUUUUUCUAUUUUCUUCUUUUCUUUCUUAACAUCUUCCCAGUCAAGUCUCCCUCCCUCUGGCCUUUUCCAUCACCAUGGCUGAGAAGCUUGGACCAGCAGGGCUCAAGCCCACCAACAUCCGAACCCCUAACUCCCUUCCCCCAGAACCUAUCGACAUCAUCCGCACCAAAGCCCGCUCCCGCCGAGUUCGCCUUAACGUUGGGGGUCUGAACCAUGAGGUCUUGUGGCGGACUCUGGACCGGCUACCUAGGACCCGACUCGGCAAGCUCCGAGACUGCAACACCCAUGAGUCCCUGAUGGAAGUGUGCGACGACUACAGCCUGAAUGAAAACGAAUACUUCUUUGACCGGCACCCGGGGGCCUUCACCUCCAUUCUGAACUUUUACCGAACCGGCAAGUUACACAUGAUGGAGGAGAUGUGCGCCCUUUCUUUUGGCCAGGAGUUAGACUACUGGGGGAUCGAUGAGAUCUACCUGGAGUCCUGCUGCCAGGCCCGUUAUCACCAGAAAAAGGAGCAGAUGAAUGAGGAGCUGCGGAGGGAGGCAGAGACAAUGAGGGAAAGGGAGGGAGAGGGAGAGUUUGAUAACACCUGCUGCCCAGACAAGAGGAAGAAGCUGUGGGAUCUCCUGGAGAAGCCCAGCUCUUCAGUUGCUGCCAAGAUUCUGGCCAUCAUAUCAAUCCUAUUCAUCGUCCUCUCCACCAUCGCUCUGUCUCUCAACACCUUACCAGAGCUUCAGGUCAUAGACGAAUUCGGCCAGGCCAAUGACAAUCCCCAACUGGCCCACGUGGAGGCUGUGUGCAUUGCUUGGUUCACCAUGGAGUACCUCCUUCGCUUCCUCUCCUCUCCUAACAAGUGGAAGUUCUUCAAAGGCCCACUGAAUGUCAUUGACUUGCUGGCCAUCCUGCCCUACUAUGUCACCAUCUUCCUAACUGAGUCCAACAAGAGCGUGCUGCAGUUCCAAAAUGUGCGCCGUGUGGUGCAGAUAUUCAGGAUCAUGAGAAUAUUGAGGAUCCUGAAGUUGGCCAGGCACUCAACAGGGCUCCAGUCUCUAGGAUUUACUUUGAGAAGGAGCUACAAUGAAUUGGGGCUGCUUAUUUUAUUUCUUGCCAUGGGCAUCAUGAUAUUUUCCAGCUUGGUCUUCUUUGCUGAGAAAGAUGAAGAUGCCACAAAAUUCACCAGUAUCCCUGCCUCAUUCUGGUGGGCCACCAUUACGAUGACUACAGUGGGCUAUGGUGACAUUUACCCACAGACUUUACUUGGAAAGAUUGUGGGUGGGCUCUGCUGCAUUGCAGGAGUGCUGGUAAUUGCCCUACCCAUCCCCAUUAUUGUUAACAACUUCUCUGAGUUCUAUAAAGAGCAAAAGAGGCAGGAGAAGGCCAUCAAGAGGAGGGAGGCACUUGAGAGAGCCAAGAGGAAUGGCAGUAUUGUGUCAAUGAACCUAAAAGAUGCCUUUGCCCGCAGUAUGGAACUGAUGGAUGUGGUAGUGGAGAAAGGAGAGGACAAAACUUCCCUGGACAACCACCUGUCGCCUAGCCGCUGGGGUGGCUCAACCAGGCAUGCCACCUCUGAAACCAACCUAAAGUCGCCAGACAAAAGAAACCCAGAUACUCUGCCACAAGGCUCCCCUAAUCGUAUAUCUACCACCACCACUGGAGGUACCCAGUGGGUAAACAGGACCCCACAGCACCUUAAUGUUCAGAAACUGGAGGAGAUGUACAACCAGAUGACCAAGUCACAGUCCUUCACCAAUCUCAACACUACAAGUUCCAUGAGCACUCUGAGCACAACUGUGACCGCCCCGGUCUCACCUAAGAAAUCUUACAGCCCUGAAUACACAUUAAAAGAAGAGGUGGAGUUGGAGAUGAGGGAGGUCCAACCCUCCUCUGCAGAUGACUUUGCCAGCUGCUCAACGGACUAUACAAAGCAGGGCCCCAACUCAGGUGAGGAAGAAGCUGGGCCAGAUCAGAUCAGACACCCCAAAGCCCCACCACCUCUUGAUCUUAGCCAACUGAGGGCAAUUGAUGACCAGAGCUCUCCUGACACCAUGCUCAAAGAUGGCCUCUAUGAAUCCGUCAACCCACGUGAUGGAUCAGAGCUCCAUAUAGGGGUAGGGGACAGCUUUAACAAUUCUGUAGAGAAAAUCCAGAGCUCUAUCAGAGGGAAUAACCCUCUUAAAAUAAAGGGGUUAAAGGUCAACUUCACCAAAACCUCUGCUGAAGGCCCACUAACACCACCCAGCACUACCUCUCCUGGAGACAUCAGCUCCAGCAUCCUGGAAGACGAGUCUCCAGAGGGAGAGACCUCACCACUCAUCCGCAAUUCAGAGGCGCUACUCCCAGUCACAGAGGAGGAGACCUGCCCCUUGUCCCCUAAGCGGUUGGUGGUAGACACACCACCCGGCGAUGAAGAUCAAUCCACAGAGAACCACGAGGAGAAGCAUCUGAUGGAGGUGGCAGGCGCUGCAGUCGCACCCUUGUCACCCAAGACAGCAGCACAAAAUUGUACCCAAGAUGUGGUUGGGGCAGGCGAAGAGGUCAAGGCUGACAGUAACCAAAGUGGACACAAAGUAGAGAACCACAUGUUUACAUCCGAUAUCCACCUGAGACCCGGGGAUGGCAGCCUCUCUCCAACCUGUGAAACCAGCAUGUGACUGUAAGAGGAGCUUUGAGGGACAAUAGACCCACUGCAACCUCAGCCUGGAGUGUGGGAGAGCAGGAAGAAAAGACAAGAGUGCAGUUGUAGUGAAAGAUAUUUUUGCAUGGCAUGACAAGUCCCUUUUACUUGUGUUGUUGUGUAUUGCUGAAAAAGAAACUGCAGUGCUUCGUGCAGAAUUUAGAAUGACUUUGGGACAAACAGUGGGCUCAAAGAGGAAAAACAGAGGGAAUUCAUCAACUAAUGUAGACAUUUUGGUCCUCUCAAUGUACAUAAUGACAGUCUCCUUUUUCUAGCAAAAGAAGGAAAUGCACAGAGGGACUUAUCUGUAAAAAGCAUGCAUUUAAAAAAGACAGAUAUUUUACGGUGCUUAGUUUGCUGAAAGUGCUCCACUGUAAAUACUAGGACAUCUAAGGCAAUGACAAUGCACAGGAUGGCAAAGGAAAACUGUCACUGAAGGUACAAAUA